GCUGAAGGUAUAAAAAGCCAGUGGAUUGCAAUUUUUAAACCCUGUCUUGUAUUGAAAGCAGUUGUGAAUCCUGAAGAAAGGUGGUGUGUGCGAGAAAUUUCCGAGCAUUUUCUUCCUUUUUGAGAUUACGGGUCAGAGAGUGUGCUUCCUCCAUCUUGAUUUUCACUUCGGUCGGGAGCGGAUCCCUUUCCACCUUCCUACCUAGUCUAUAAUUCGACAACUUCAUACACUUUCUGUGUAUUGGUCGGCUAUCUCACACAGACACGGCCAGACAGAGGGCCAAGCGAGUAAACUAAACGCAAGCACUCAGACUAGCGAGGCCGAGGAUAUUCGAACUAUCAAAGUUAGUGGAAGUUGCCUGGAAUUACGUUUGUAAAUAUAAAAGCCACAUCGCGAUUGAUCGGAGUACGAAUUUUAGUGUUCAACGAGUGUUUCCUUCCUGAAUCGUGCUGACACCGUGCGGUCGUGCUGUUUCACAGUUAAGCGAUUCUGCAAAAUACUGAAACCCUUGCUGAGGGAGGAUCGAGUGAGCGAGAAAGAGAGAAAGAGCGCGCGUAUACAGUUCGAAGUAAGUAAUACCCUACGGACGAAAUCAAUCUUUCUCUGUACGGAGGAGCAGUAACUAAACGUAGCGGAACCACAACAACGAUGGAUACCGAUAAUACAGGAGAUUCUCUAGGCGUUGGAAUGGCCGGAGCCGUUCUGGUCGUCGAAGAAGAAGGAGAGGAAGCGGUUGAGCUACCGCUGGAAGACGACGGCACUUUGUCGCUAUCGACGUUACAGGCCCAGUUCUACGGAGCGUGCGGCCUUAAAUAUCGUAAUCCGGAAAAUAAAGCAAUCCGUGGCGUUCGGUUGAACGAUAACAAAUUGCACCCAUUUUCGCCAGAGCAGGGCUGGGGCAAUCACGUUUACAUAUGUGUGUUCCCGAAGGAGAACAAACGCAAGAGCGACGAUAAGCUGGAAAAUUCUACGCCAAAGACGAAACGUAUCGAGAACAAGUAUCGUACAACGACGGAUUUGAUUGUGCUUGGAUUGCCCUGGAAGACGACUGAGGAAGCACUGCGUGAAUAUUUCGAUACAUUCGGUGAAUUGCUGGUUGUUCAAAUCAAGAAGGAUCCCAAAACUGGUCAAUCCAAAGGCUAUGGAUUCAUUCGCUUCGCCAAUUUUGGGUCUCAGAUGAAAGCCCUUUCCAAGCGUCAUUUGAUUGAUGGACGUUGGUGUGACGUUAAGGUACCAAGUAGCAAAGAUCAAAUGCAACAUCAGAUGCCAAGCAAAAUCUUUUUGGGCCGUGUAACGGAAGAAAUGACAGCGGACGAUAUUCGCGAAUACUUUAGUAAGUACGGCGAAGUUACGGAUGUUUUCAUCCCGAAGCCAUUCCGUGCGUUUGCGUUUGUUACUUUUAUUGAUCCUCACGUCGCUCAAAGUCUGUGCGGGGAGGAUCAUUUGAUUAAAGGCGCGUCGGUAUACGUAUCGACAGCUUCGCCUAGACCAGAGCAUAAUCGAAAUCAGCAGAAAAAUCAGAUGGGCGGCAAUAUGUCCAAUUACGAUGACCGCGGACGUGGUUCGAGUGGAUCGGAUUACGGUGGUCCACAGUCGCAUUCGAAUAUGAACAGUAACUAUCACCACGGAAAUGGCGGUGGAGGCGGUGGGUACAACAAUCUACCGAAUCAGCCUAUCUGGAACUAUAAUGAAUAUUCCCAGCAGAAUCGCCAGAACAACAGCAACAUGGACAAUAUGCCCAAUCUACAAGCGCUGGGUUUAAACUCAACAGGCCCUGGUCCGAACGGCGGAGGUCAGGGAAACGGCGCAGGCCUUCACGGGGGCCACCACGGCUCGAGCGGGGGGAUGGGGGGCAACCAUCUGAGUGGUGGAAGUGGGACGGGUGGAGCGGCCCCUGGUGGUAAUAGUGGCGCUCCUGGAGUGAUCGGAAAUCACGGCGGUCCGGGUGGGGGCAACAUGAAUCUGAACCAGAUGCCCAUUAAUCCGGCCAUUAUUGCGGCGGCCCUCAGCCAGUGGAGUUUGAUCGGAAAUCAGAUGCAUAACAAUCCGCAGGGAUCGGGAGGUCCUGGCGGUCCCGGUGGAGCGCAGAGUGGUAACGCUUCUGGCCCGGGCAACCAGUCGGGACCGGGCGCUGGAGCCCCCGGAGGUCAGGAGUAUCUACCGUGGAACGGAUCAGGUAAUGGGAAUGCGGCCGCCGGAGGUCCUAGUGGAAGAGGAGAACAAAAUCGACAGUAGAACAGUUAUGACUAGUUUUCCUCUUCAGCUUUUAUGAUGCGCACUUUCAUUUAGGUACACACACACGCGCCCCCCUUUUCAUACACAAACAAACACUUAAGAAUUGACACAUAGAAUAUUUAACAAAUGACACUUUGAUAUUUUGUGGUAAAAGUUUAUAUUUCAACUGAUUGGCGAUUCGAUUACGAAACCAAAUUAUAGAAAGGUUUAAAACAGAAAAAAAAACGUUUUAGCCAACUGAAAUGCAAUGCAUGAGUUUUUUCUUCCCCUUAUUUUAACCAAUUUUUGAUUUAAGUUUUAAUCAUGCGAUUGAUUGUGUUCGGUUGUGUUGAAAUUGACUAAAGAUUCAACCUAUCUGUCUGUGUGUGAUUGCGAAUUGUUCUUUUCCGGUUCCAAGCAGACAUGAUAAGGAAAGAGUCGCGCGCGCGGUCGGUAAAGCAGUUGUUGAUUGUUCAAUUGGAAGCAAAAAAAAUCAUAGAAACUAUUACAUACGUAUCUCUUCUUUGCCGUCACUGCAAGCGACAGGAAAUGAUCCUUUUUUUAUACCUCUAGGCAGUCUGCUCGGGAAGAGGCAACGUGCGCGUGAGAGAGAUUAUGAAUAAGUUCGUACCUCGCUAGGAAGAUAACGGGUUGUUUCGCUACUGCGGAGACAGCGACACGGGGCGGCGGCGCAACAAUCAGAUCAAAAAUGAGUCGAGUUGAGAGUGUUUCUUUUGCGCGCAAACGUGAGAGUGAGUGAGUGAGUGAGCUCUGCUGCCGAGAAAUGUCUCUAUCGGCUGCCAUAGGACGGACGGUCGGACACAUGCCGAUAAAGCAGUUUUAUUCUUGUUAUUAUCAACACAUACUAUGAACAUUUACACCACACCACACAAACACAAGACAGAAAAGAGAAAAACAAUAGAGUAAACAACAGCAAGUGUGAAGAACGAUGACAGAACUUAGACAUAAUUAUCAAGCAAGGCAGGCGAGAAAGUCAAGUCAAAUGCUCUAGCUAAUAACUUCGGAUUGAUUGAUUGAUUGAUGUGAGUGUUUAAGAUGUUCUUUUUUGACUUUAUUUUUGUUGCAUUACACUACUUCUAGAAUAUACGGAAAAAAGAGCAUACAAGUAGAGACCCAUGCGAGAGAAAAUGAGCAUUAGAAGAAAAACAACUUUACAGUAGAUGUUAAGAGAAAUCGAAUUAAAUUCAUGAAAAACUUCACUUAUUUUCUAAUAUAAUACUAUUGAUAAAAGAAAAUGAAACUACAAACUAUAAUAAAUUAUUAUUAUAUGAUAAAAAAGAGCAAAAAGGGUAGAGUUGGUGCGGUGAAAGAAUGAUUAUUAAAAAUAUAGCUGAGGAGGAAGUGCUGCCAGAUGGAAAUAAAUGAAACAGAAAAAAAACAAGAAUUAUGAAUGUGUUGGUUGAUGUAGCAGUAAUUGAAAAGACCGCAGAUAUAAAAGUGAAUAAAUAUUACUGUAUUUGUUUGAUGAGUGUGUAUCUUCUCCCUAGCGCGUAUAUCCCCAGUAAUUAGAACAAGAGCGAUGAAAUGAUAAAUAAUAU